AUGAAGGGGAAGUGUGUAGGUUUAGCGUGUAUACUUCUCAUUUCAUUUCAGUUGCUUGUGCCGCACAAAGCUUACAAGGCUCUCUUUCUCUCUCUUCCAACUCUAAACCUAAAAAUCUAUCACACAAAUUCAUCGACAUCGACAAAAUCGCCAAUCAAACACCAUCAACCGGCCUACCACAACCACCAACGAGCAACUACUACGCCAGAUCUACUGCCUAUAAAGGCUAGCCGGCAAGACACAAGUUUCUUGCUACCAUGAAGAAACAGAUUUCAUUUCUUCCCUUCUAGUUUAUGAGAAAUAUACCUUGUUCUGCUAUGGAUCGCCUAUCCUCCGAAGACAAGGGUGUAGUGGAAGUACCCGCUUGGCUGUCCGAGGUGUACACUGAGGACAUUCUCAAGGCCGUGGAGGCCAAGAAAAAGGACUCUUCCAAGAAGUCCAGCGAGGAUGCCUCUGGUGACGUCGCCAAGGAACCCACUUUGCCAGCUAUGAAGAAGCGUCCUGCAUCUUCGACGGAGGCUCCUAAGCCAAAACGGCCCUUCUUUAAGAAGAUGGGUACGGCCGAUGCUGCCACAAAGCCGUCGGUACCAAAACCGUCCGCUCCCCUAGCUGAGGGAGAGGUUCUUCCUACCCAGACGUUCAUUCCUCCUCCUGAGCAAAAGGAGGUCCCUUCCCAAGUGGACACCGAAAGGGAUUUUGCUGCCGGAGCAGCUGCUAACGAAGUAGCAGUCGAACAGGCUGAGGCUGCUGACGCCACCACCUCAUCCAAGGAGGACAAGGGUAAAGGCAAGGAAGCUGAGGCUCCUUCUACUGAUAAUGCCUCUACUUCUCCUGCAGCUUCGCCAAUUGUUGAGAUGUUCAAGCGGAUGCGACGGGCCGAGGUGGCGAGCAUCCCCCCUUCUGCCGGUUUUAGCUCAGAGGCGAAGGAUAAGAUCCUUGUGGACGUGUAUGCGGCCAUCCCUGAGGAAUAUGUGAGGUCACUCCCCGAGAUUGACUUGGGAUUCUUUGGGUCCAUUCAGUCCCUCGUCCUUGAUCUUUUCAUUCGCUGUGCCGAGAGUAGGAACUAUCGCUUUGAUAUGCAUAAUGAGAUGCUCAAGCACAAGGACCAGAUCGAGAAUCAUGAGCAGUAUGCUGAGAAGACGGCCAGAUUGAUCAACUUGGACGCGGACAAGAAGAUCAAAUCCAAGACGGAAGCUCUGAGGAAGGCCGAGGAGGACGCCGAGAAGUAUAAAGAGAAGUUGCUGGAGUAUGAGGAGCGGCUGGCCGUGUUGAGAAAGGAGUACUCUUCCGUCUCGGAGCGGGUGACUAAUUCUCUUCCAAGGUGAGCGUUCUUGAGGGUCAGCUCAAGACCAUGCAGGGGAAGAUUGAGGCCGUGCGCAAGGAGGCUGCCAGCUCUUUCAAGUUGGGCGAGGAGUCCAUCUUGGAGAGUGCCCAAAAGGCGUGGGAUCAGUCUAUGGACGGGAAAGGAGGCUCCCAUCAGAUAGCCGUUUCGACGUCUAGAUGCCUAGGCUUAGAUCCCCCUGAGUUUGUCAGUGACGGGGAAGAGGGCAUGGAGGAAGACGAGGUGAACUCCCCUGAAGGCCAAGACGUCCAGGACGGGAGUUCUAUUGCCCCUCAUCCUUGAGCGGCUUUUCUCGUAGUUGGUUUGAAUGACGCCGUGGGCGUUUGUAAUAACUUUGGUGCCUUUUGGCAUUUAUUUGGUUUGGUUUGUUUGCGCCUUGAGCGCUAUGUAUAAACAAUUCGUGCCGUUGUGCACUUUAUUUUAUUUUAAUUCCAUCAGUUCGUUACCGAUUU